AAAUUGCAUUGCGAAUUGCGAUGAAUGGCAACUGUACAGAGCCGCCCGAUAAACACAAAUCGAAUGCCAUGGCAAAACAAAAUGAAUCGAUUUUGUGUGGAAUGGAAAUCAAACAGGAGCCAACAAUCAAACAAGAGAAUGAAGUCUCUGACGAAAUUCUGAUCGUAUCGCGGUCAGCACACACAGCCAUUGGAUCGCUUGACAAUUCAAUUGGCGGUACAGAAGUGAAUGACAGCGACGUUUGCUUCGAUUUCUAUGAUAUGGAUGGGGUAAAGUCUGAAGUGAAGAUCGAAAAAGUUGAGGAUGAGGCGAAUCAAGUUCCACGGAAGGACUCUGACAAAAAUUUAAGGCCACAAAGCAAUGUGGAGAAGAAGAAUUCCAAAUCGAAAUCAAGUGGACCGGAUGAUGGUGUGACAAAGAAAGGAUCAGCCAAAAGCGGGAAAAGUAGCACAGCUACUAGUUUUGGUAGCAACAAGAAACCAGCUGAAGGCGAGACAAAUCGAAAGCGACACAAGUGUUCAUUGUGCGUAUAUGUCACCGAUUUCACAACCGAUUUGAAGAAACACAUGUUCACGCACACUGGUGAACGACCAUUUCCAUGCAGCGUGUGCCAGAAACGAUUCAUCAAAAAAUGGAAUCUCCAAUCGCACAUGAAAAUACACGUUAAUGAAUUUCUAUUCAGCUGCUCAAAUUGUUCGCAAGGAUUUCAUCGCAGCGAGGAGAAGGUGGAACACGAAACUGGUUGCACGGUUCGUCGCUACGAGUGUCACCUAUGCAAGGAAUUCUCUACUUUGCGUAAGACGAAUUUGAAACAUCAUCUGCGUGUGCAUACCGGCGAGAGACCAUUCGAAUGCGACCAAUGCUCAAAGACAUUCAACCACCCAACUGCUUUGAAACGCCACCGCAAAACCCACGUCAAUCCUCGUCCAUUGAAGUUGAAGUGUUCAUCUUGCUUCAAAAACUUCGCCGAACAGAAGAAAAAAGAGCAUCAUGAAGCCAACUGCAAGCGACGCGGAUACCGAUGCGAUGUGUGCAAGAGCUUCACAACUGAUCAUAAACCAAAUUUGAUGAAUCACAUGCGAAUCCACACUGGCGAAAAGCCAUUUCAAUGUGAAACCUGCUCGAAGUGCUUCUCACAAAAGGCAACUCUCAACAAACACAAUAAGAUCCACAAGUAGCUGUUAUCUCCCAUGGAAUAACACCUGCAUCCUGCAAUCAAUCACAU